AAAACUAUAUAUGCCCCAAAAAUGUAUAUUUAUUGCCCACUCUGUGGACAAAGUUCCCACACCACCACUUACACACCCACACACUCGCAAAUCGUGUAUCGAAGAAAACCGGCACAAGCAGUCACUCGCAACUUAGUAGUUCCUGUCGGCAUAUAUACACAAAAAAAAAGGUGCCAAAGCAGCAGCGCAUUCGGCAUUGGCAUUGGCACCCAACUGUGUGAGAAUAAGUACAACACACCAUCAAAAGAAAACAAUGCCAUACACACACACGCAAGCACACAAUCGUUCUAAACGGAAGCUGGCGCAGAAGCAGAAGAAAAAUCGCAGUUACAGCCAGCGUCGCUGUCGCUCGGCUGCUGCUGCUGAUACACUUGCUUGUGUUAUGCCGCCGCCAUCGCCCGACCACGUUUUGUAUGGAUGUUGUUGCAGACGAAAAAACGCUGAAGCCAAAGCUAAACAUCUUCACAAAAUCAUUUUCGCAAAUCAGUUUGUUGGCAAUACUCAGACGAGACUGACCCCAAAGUCCAAUGAGAAAUAAAGAAAAUUAUUCGUUUUUAAAGAAUUAAAAUUUUUUGGAAGAAAAAAGCGCGCGUCACAGCAAGAAAGCCACAACAAAGCAAAGAAAAUAAUUAAUUUUUUUUUAUGUUAUAAAAUUUUCUUUUUCUUUGCGUUUUCUUCUCGAUUUGGUUGUUCAUUAUUUUCUUCCCGUUCUGCUACAUUCACCAGCCAAAAAGAGUGUGUGAAUUUUUUCCAAGUGGAAGGCCGUUCAUUGUCAGUCAGUGUGUAAGGCUGUAUGUGUUCGCGUGCACAAAUUUGGCGGCGAACUGAUAACGAAUUUUUCAGUGCUGGUGAAAGUGAAACAGAUCACAAUCGGCCGAUAAGUGGUUUUUACUGUUUUCAUUACAAAUUACUCCGCUGGAAUUAUAACGGCUACCACAUACGAGUUUAUAUUUCAUAAUUAAUGUUUGAGAAAAACAUAUUUACACUAAAGUCAAGUGAAAUAUUCUACAAUACAAAAAAUGAAUUUUUGAAAAUACCCAAUCUUCAAAAUUUAAGUUGAGUUAGAAAAGCUGAAAGUCCACAGUGGCGCACCAACGGUUAACAAAGUGGAGAAGGAAAUUUUACAACCUACAACUAAAACAAAAAAUAUACUCAUUUUAAACUGAACUACGCGGGCGUAGCUGACUAGUUAGUAAAGUGCUGGCAACUGGAAAACUAUAUUUAAAAAAAUUAACUCUUUAAAAUAUAAAAAAAAAAAAAUAAUAAUUUUGAAAAUAAAAAUAAAAAUAAAAAUAAGUAUAUUAAAAGUAUAUUACUAAACAAAAUGUUAAAUUUAACCAAAUUAAUUUUCAAUAAAAAUUAUUUAAAAGUUGAAAAUAACUAAACCAAAGUCAGUAAAAAGUAAACUCAAACUCAAAGGAAAUGUUAAAGUUCUUCGUUAACUGUAUAAAUGUUGUUAAUUAAAUAUAUACCUAUAUACAUACUUAUAUGCAUAUAAAUAUUGUUAAAGCUGAUAAAAAAAAUAAUACAUAUAUAUAUUUAAAAAAUAAAAAUAUAAAACAUAUAUUUAACCAAAAACAAAAACAAAAAUCACAAAAGGCAACCGUCAAGCAGGUAAUCGAUGUGCAACAGAGCAACAAACGCAAAGCUUCCAGAUAAACAAAAAAAUCUCUAAACACUAGGCAAAGUUACUAUUUUUCAACACAAAACUAAACCAUUUUAAGCAACUUGAAGAAAAUAUUGUAAACCAAGAAUACAGUAAAUAAAAGGAAAUAUUUUUCCUCAAUUUUAUGCUACACGAAAAGUGAACACCGAAAGAAGUUAAGAAAAAAACUACAAAAAAUUUGCAAUUUGAACUUAAAAAAUAAAAGUUAAAAAUUAGAAAAAUAUUAAAUAAAUAUAAAAAAUUCAAAUAAAGCAAAAACACUUAAAAGAUUUGGUAAAAAAUUUGUUCGAAAGUGCUCAGCGGCAUUUAACUCCCGCUAUUUUUUGAUUCUGAAACGCAACAACACGCAACCAGCAAAAAAAGACAUAUAAAUGUUGCAUUACAAUAUCGGCGAGCAAUAUCCUCAAUUAUUGGCAACCCAACAGCGAAAACGUUUCCAACAACAGCGACAACGGCAUCUGCAGCUGGACGACACGGCGCUGUUGCUACAACAGCAGCCGCAGCAGCAGCAGCAAGCGGCCCAGGAACAGCAACAGUCCUCCCAACAGCAGCAACAGCAAAAAAAACCUGUACGCAUCUUUCGCGUUCAUUACUUCCGCCUCAAUUCCAAAGACGGCUGCGGCGGCCUCAACAAGAGUAGCAGUCUCACCAAUCUAUCAACCAGCGCUGGUGCUACCACCUGUAAUGGCAUUGGUGCAACUAAUGCAACAACAAGUAAAAUGAAGACUAUCGCACCGAAUAUACGACGACGGCGUCGUUGUGAUAAACAUCAUUUGGAGUUGGCGGCUACAGCGGCGGCGGCCGCCACAGCAGCAUCUGCAUCGUCAUCAGCCGCACAGCCAUUGGGUCUGACACAUGGCGCCUCGAUCAGUAUGCCCGCUUCGGUUUGUUCAUCGGCAACUACUUCGACGGCGACAUCACCCAUUGAGGACAUCGCCCUGCCAGCACCGCCCAUCACUCCGCCACCGGCAUUCCUCUCGGCUGGUUAUAAGCGUUCAUGUGGAGGUGCUAGUAGCAGUAAGGCAGCAGCGGCGAGCGCUGUGGCGAGUGGAAAAUUAUCCCUAAAGACAACAGCAACAUCAACCACAGCUGGAAAGUCCACUUUGGCUGCAGGAAGAGCAGGUGUUGGCGGUGGAGGUUCUACAAGCACAGCAGUAAAAUCAUCACAAGCAACAUCGGGUGGUGGCAAAGUGAUCGGCCUACGGCGCAUGCUAGGUAAGUGAUUUCGAAACUUUGGGUAUACGUUGUUCAUUACGACAAGAGCAUUAUGGUAAGUUUUGUUGUUAUUGCUGUCUUCUCUUGAAUACUAUGUGAAAGUUUGGUCAAGAGCAACUAUUUUUAAGUGCCAUACGUGGUCAGUGUCAGUGUCAGUCACCGAAGAAUUUAUGUGCCAAACUUUGCAAGCUUUUAUGGUCUUUGGAAGCUAUUUCAUUUACCAUCACAUUGUUGUGACGUUAUAUGCUUACUAUGUACUUCUAUAGCUACUUUAUGUAGUACUAGUCAUGAUAUCUUUUACUGCAAGUAUAUUUACAUUUUUGUUGAAAUUUGGAAAUUCCGUUUUAUAGGUUUCUCUGCGACCAUAAGCUCCUGUUGGCUGCCAUAUGUGGCAUUCAAAAUUAAGUGUUUUAUUAUAAAAAUAAUGUCUGAAUAAUUUAUAUCUGCAGUAAAAAAGGCUCAAGCUUUAUUAUUAUUAUUGUUUUCUUUUCAAGAAAAUCCAGUUGCUUAAGCGUGCGCUGAACAGGACACCGUCGCUGUUGACCAACACCUUUCGUCUUUUUUCAAAUAUAUUAUAUUUCUGUGGCAAAGCAAAUACAUAUACAUAAUAUUGCUUACUAUGAUGUGAGCUUAACCGUUAAGUUAGCGCUUCUCAGAUUUGUUUUUAUUUUCUUAUGCUUGUGUAUUCGUAGUAGCUUUAUGGCCAUUUCAUGAGCUAUAACAGUGAAAUUUAAUUAACCAACAUCAUUCGCAGAAUCAUAUAUCAGAAAUAAACACAUGGAAGUAGUAAAAUUGGCACAUGUCAUGCUUAAUAUAUAUGUAAGAUCAUACCUACAUAUAUGUUUUAGUAUUAUAUUGCUGUAUCUGCUCGGUCCGUGGACUUGUAGAAUUCGGUCUUUCACAUGAACUAUGUUAGUGACUGCUCAUUUUUUGAAUUAAAUU